GUCCCAGGAUUGCUCUUCCUGCAGAAUUCCAAGGAUUUCCUCACCAUGACUCUGGCCGCCUACAAGGAGAAGAUGAAGGAGCUGCCCCUCGUCUCCCUCUUCUGCUCCUGUUUCCUGUCGGAUCCCCUCAACAAACCGACCUACACCUACGAAGACACGGUGGAUCUGACCUGGUGCGUGAUCUCCGACAUGGAAGUGAUCGAGCUCAACAAACGGACCUCGGGCCAAUCCUUCGAGGUCAUCCUGAAGCCUCCGUCCUUCGACGGAAUUCCCGAAUUCAACGCUUCCCUGCCCCGGCGCCGCGACCCUUCCCUGGAGGAGAUCCAGAAGAAGCUGGAAGCGGCGGAGGAGAGGAGAAAGUACCAGGAGGCGGAGCUGCUGAAGCACCUGGCGGAAAAGCGGGAACACGAGCGGGAAGUGAUCCAGAAGGCCAUCGAGGAGAACAACAACUUCAUGGAGUCCAACAAGGAGAACCGCGAGGCCCACCUGGCCGCCAUGUUGGAGCGCCUCCAGGAGAAGGUCUGUUCCCAACCUCCGCACGGAAAAUCCCACCCUCACCACCUCCAGCUCCCUCCAAAACAUCCGGAGCCCGCCCAGUGCCCUUCUCCGAACGCCUCCGUUGGGGCAGAGGCGGAGAGCGCCAGAUAA